CUGUCUUUGCCACCUUGAAGCUGGUCGCGUGUUCUCGACUGUUUUCUCAACACCCACGUAUCCUUUUCUGAUCGGUCAUUAUCCAAUUCGCCGCGUUGUGAAGAUGACGUCCUUCAAGACCACUGAAGCCGUCGCCGACCCCGUCACCUGCGCCUCGACAAUCGCGGCGCUCACGCGCACCUUCUUCAUGCCGCUCUGGAAGCCGUGCUUCUGGUCGUUGACCAACUCGAUGCUCCGCGUCGGUGCCACCAAGCACGAGGUCGAGCUCGGCCAGCGCAUCAAGACGUACACGGUCGUCCGAGGCACCAAGUGGGACGAGAAGCCCUUUGGUCUGCAGAUCGAGACCAUCGAAGUCGGCACCAUGUACGCGUGCUUGUCCACCAAGUCGCUCUGGGCGGCAUGGAUCCACGCCUUCUUGCUUCUGGACCUCAAGCGCGGCCUGCACCGAAGCCUCUCGGAGAUCCCGCUGCCGUCCAACCACCAGGAACCCGUGUCGGAUGCGAAGCGGCGUGUUUCGUUUGCCGGCUACGUGCAAGUGCGGGAGAUUCCCGCGCUCUCGGACGACGAGUCCGACGAGCUUUUUUACAACAAGUCGGAGCUCCUCGCGUUCAAAAUCAUGGCGACCCAGCUGCGCACGAGUUUUGCCAGCGUGCACUACUGAGAGCCAUACCGUGACACAAUGUCUAGAAUUAUUGCUAACUUAUAUAAUAUCUUAUGAUAAUACUACGAGACUAGGAAGAUGGGUUUCCGUGGCGCC